AUGUCCCUUCCUUACCCACGAGAGUAUACACACAUUGAUUAUAUCCCAUACUUGGAUACACCGCCCAUAUACGAAGAUUUUUUUAGAUUAUAUCUGUAUCCAAAUAUACCAGUACUCAUUGGAUCUGCUCUAACCGAAAACUGGAAGGCACGACAAGAAUGGAUAACUAUCAUCGAAAAUCGGCAAAAGCAAUGCAAAAAAACCGACAAGGACAAUCUGAUCAAGAUUGACGAUAGUAACCAUGAUACGAAUCGUAACGAAAAUGUGCAUAGAAUUUGCCGAGAAUUCCAAGAAGCGGUGCCAAAUUUUGCUUACCUUCGUCAACGGUUUGGCGAUGCGCAAGUAUCGGUAGCCGAUUGCUCGCUGCGAUAUUUCACAGACCAGCCAAGAGUUCAGAUGAAGUUUUGUGAAUUUAUUGACAUAUGGGAGAAGACUUCACUUCAACGUCGAGGCACUAACCAGGAAACGAUUGCCAUGGUUGGUGCUGAUGACGAUCGUGCACAUGACGAUGGGUUGCUAUACUUGAAAGACUGGCAUUUUGUAAAAGCAUUUCCCGAGUAUUCUGCAUAUGACACGCCGGAGAUGUUUCAAGGUGCGUCGGGUAUGUCAAAGUCCCAUUUAGAGACACGAGAAAAAGCUAAAAUAUUUAAUAAUUAUAACCAAGACGAUUGGAUCAAUGAGUUUUGGAGUCAUGAGACUGAUGAUGAUUAUCGAUUUGUAUACAUGGGUGGAGAUUCAACGUUUUCGCCAUUCCAUUGCGAUGUAUACAGAUCGAAUUCCUGGUCAUCUAACAUUUGCGGGAUAAAAAAAUGGACACUCUUUCCACCUCACCAAGAAGAAUUUUUCAAAGACUCCCUAAACAACAAAGUCUAUGAUAUCCGUUCAGUGGAUAAUACCAAAUUUCCCAACUUUUCCAAAGCAAAGCGCUUCGUCAUCUAUCAACAUGCAGGGGAAACUCUAUUUGUACCUUCAGGCUGGUAUCAUCAAACAGAGAAUAUUGGUGAUACCAUCUCAAUAAACCAUAACUGGGCAAAUUCAACCAAUCUUGAUCUUACCUAUUCAGGAUUGAGAGAAGACUUGAAUGAAAUAGAAUACGCUAUUAGAGAUGUAAAGGAGAUGAUGGGAACCGAAGAAUUUGUGCAGACAUGUCAAACACUCUUAAUGACUAAUUCAGGAUGGAAUUGGACUGUAUUUUGGAAAAUGAUCAAGUUUAUUAGUAACAGACUAUUAGAGACAGACAAGCAUGGGGAGAGAAACAAUGAAGAAAAAUUGGAUGAAAAGGAAGACAUAGACAAAGUAAAAGGAGAUGAUAUCUUGAGAGAAGGUAAAACCCAAUGGAAAGUGCCAGAUAUGACAUUACAGCCACCGAUUGUUUUCAUACUUGAAAGGUUGAGUGACGUAACCACCGAUUUCUUGCGUCAACCAAAUGUUUGCUCAUUUUUAAUGACGCAAUUCCCUAUGGAAACUGAAGAGGAGCUAUUUGGUAUAGUUGAAGAAAUAGAUAAAAUUCUUGCAAAGUUAAAACAAACAAACGAUACAAUAUUGCAAU